AAAUAAGAAGUAAAUUUGCUAAUAAUUUUAAAUUAGAUCUUGAACUUUAUUUACAUUUAUUAGAAAUAACUAGAUCUGGAAUUAAUACUUUAUCUGAUGCUGGUCUUAGUGUUUAUACAAAAACAAUUUAA